GGAAUGCGGUGUUGGACAUCUGUCAUUUCCACGUGUGCAGUUUAGGCUUUCAAUUUGGUGCCUGUUGGCAUCUAAAAUUAAAAAGCAAUUAUCCAAAAUGCUGCCAGUUUAUUGAAACAAAUCACAUAAAACAUGUAUCAGGUUUGUCUUUCCUCGAAUCUAGGACAAUUUUUCUACGUAAGGUGAGUUUUAAAAGUCGAUAAAUCGCUUUGCACACAUGCGUGCAUCUAGUAUGUUUUGCCCAGGCGCAGUUUACGCGGGAGCGGGAUUCUUUUUCAUUGGCACUGGCCUAGCGCCUAGCUGCCAUGUUUUUCUAAAAUUUCGGGGUGUGUGCAUGAUUUUACGAGGUUUUAACAGCUACCCCGCGCUGUAAGAUUUACAAUGGCGGGAGGUACAAUCAUUCGGCUACAAUAAAUUUAUACAUUGCUAAUAUACAAUUGACUACUGCAACGUAACUAUGGAUGGACCUCAGCUUUUGUAACAAUGCACCUUAACACAGUUUGUGGGCUAAAAAUUGUAGAGCCCGGUAACACAAAUAAUUCACACACACCGCUCAGGACUACUGCUUCUUCGCCUUUCUUUUUUUAAUUAGUACCUUAUAAUGAAGUACCCGCAAGCGGUACAUUCCAUCCCAUCCUCGGUGACCGAUUGGUUGGAGGAACAGCUGGAAGCCCGUGGUAUCGAAUCGGUUCUCUACGCCCGAUACAUUUUAAGCUUGCUGCGCACGCACACCGUGGACAUCGUCUGCCCGGAUGACGACGGAGAUCUGCACCUGGACCACUUGAGAAAAGAGGUGAGAGGUGCAAGUAAUCGCAAACGUUGCCGUAAGGUUUCCGCAGACUGGUGGAGACUUUCGCAGGCAGACGCCGAACAAUUGAAGCGUAGUGCAGCCGUUGAGUGCCUCAUGUCAGCUUCCGAUCAGAACUGUGAAGUAGAAUCGCUGGUAGAAGAACUGUGGCUGAAGCUGAAGGAGACGAACGACGCGGCCGAAUCGAGUUUCAGGUUCAGUUUAAGCAGCAGCCCAUCAUCAACGCCCAGGCCCGUCCAGCAACCAAUCGGGAGUAAGCGUGUGACGCCGCGCGAGCUAGCGGAGCGCUAUUACGCCGCCUUCCCGCCCCUAGGACGGGCCAGAGCGCAUCAGCAGGCAGCUGAGGCGAUCGUCACCGGCGAGAAAUCCACGUGUAGCGCGGGAGGAAUGGGAGGGAUCAUUGGGUCGUUUACCGGGCCGAAGAGAUUCUACGGGAAGAUGUCAUCGGAGGAGUCCUAUUCCCGUGAGGACAACCCCAAACUCAGCCCUUAUCUAGAAAGAACUUGGAGCUUCCCACCGCGCGAAUUCUUCGACGACCAGGGCCCGUCAUCGGUAAAGAAAUCCAAGCAGUCCCCCAAGAAGCUAGGCAGCAACGCUUUGAAAACCAACAAAGAACAAAGCGAGAAGCAAAUCGAACGGUGUCUGGAGAUAGCCAAAGUUGAUUUGAACACCACCAACGAGGAGGACGUGAACAUGUACGAAGAUCUGCCUGUUAACAUUAGACUCCUGUUGGAUUCCCCAGAGCCACCGCAAGAUAACGUCAAUUCGGCUGACAGACAAGAUAAGAUAGUGGAGAUUAUGAAUAUGAAGAAUACCAGAGAUUCUAUGAAGAGAGGCUUUUUACCAUACGGGAUGAAUGUCUUGAGCUCCAUUUGGUCGAUAGACCGUUCCACCACGCUGGACGACGUCCCGAACUCAGAGCUGGACGCUGACGACCAUGAAACAGCCAUCAAUAUCCAAUUCAGCACCAUUCCGAUCGCCAACAACUGGUCGAACGGCGACAAUGACAACCGUCGUCGCCAAGGAAACGCAUGCGAAGGCGUAGAAAACGAAAUAAACAAAUUGUUCGAGCGCGAAGGUGAACGUCCGGGAUUGCUUGGGUACCGCUGGAGCGACGAGCAGUUCCAGGUUCAGCCGGUUCAGUUUGGGGCUAUAGGGGAUGAGGAGAAGUUGUCCAGGCAGAUCACUGCCAGUCUGACUAAGAUCAACCAUAACAAGGAGGAGAGUUGUUUUAGAGAGAUCGCGCCGAAAGGUCCGAAUACGCAGGCGAGCGUUGCUGUAUUCAACCCGUAUCUCCGCACCAACUUUUCUUUGUUCAGCGUGUCUGUGAAACCCAACUUGCCUGUAGAGAAAGAAGAUCUGCUAACAUCAGAGAGCUCUCAUUUCAAGCCGGUCAUGGAUAAACCAGAAAAUCCUGCUGAUGGAAAAUACCCAGACGGAACCACGUUUAAUAUCUCCGGUAGUCUGGAUAAGGUGGAUUAUAAGAGGAGCGACAGUGGAGCGAUGGUUUUGGAAAUGGAAUUGGGGCAGAGCAAAAAGUAUCGAGAAUACAAAGAAGAAGAGUUAGAUACUGCAGAGAGACCACACGAAACAGAGUUCGUGUUGAAGUACAACAUACAUCAGAAUGACAAGGCCUGCCAGACUGACGAAGGCGCUGCGAAGAUCGAAAAUGGUGAUGGUGAAGCUGCUUACAUGCAAAUUAAGUACAAUUCUGACAACGCAACCCCAAUAUCCUCGAUCUCCUGCGGCAACUACGAAACAGCAUGCACUCGCGUAUCAGACCCCCGCUAUUGCAGAAACCAACCCCGACCCAGCGAAAUAUCACGGCCGCACAGCACAUUGACAGAAGUUGUGUGGAAAUAUGACGGUAUGCAAGAGGGUAGAUGUAGCCAAUGUGGCAUCACAGGCAAUAAUAAAGGCACGACGAGCGACAAUUGGGAUGGAGAGGAGGAGGAUGAUGGACUCGGGUGGAACAGCAAGAGGUUGAGGAACAUAUGGGAUGGCGAUGAGAUAUACUCACGCACUCUGCUAGGCGGCGUCACGCAUAAGAGAUUUUUUCUCUGGCUCGGUCUCAAACCAUCGUACGCGGAGGUACCAGCUGGCGGUUCUCUAGAGCGGGACCAGAAUGCAUACAUGUCACAUGGUCACACAUCGCCCCUCGCUAGACUCCUUUACCUACGGGAGCUUAGACCUUGAUAUGUCAGAAUUGCUUGAGCAAACAGAAAGACACGAACGCGGACACAUCAAACACAAACAAACCAUCGGAAACUCCACCGUUAUCACCAAACAGACUGCUGCGCGAAGAUAUCAGCCAAGACGGAGAAGAAUUGCUAUCCGAUCUUCGCCAUAUGCAGAGAGCUUACAUGGAGGGAAUGCCACGGGCUGUGGAGAAUAAGCUGGCAAAAAAUGAAAGAAAGAUACAAAAUGGUUAUGGCUUUGGCGGGGCGUUUCCAGGAGGGUACGGAUUCGGGAAUUCAGGAGGCUUACGGAGUUUCACGUCCCGUUUGGAAGAGGACUGUCUAAUUCAGCUGUCCGUUUUGCCCAGUCUGCGUUCAGUUACCCUCUGAACCCCUUACUGGUACACUUUAUAUUGGCUUAAAUAAACGAUUCGAAAGACAGAUCACUAGCGACCAACCCUACGCAAAAGGGAUGGCGCAACACAUGACACCUGCCAUAUUAGUUUCAGUGCAGGAUUUAAUACUUUUAGGGGGUGGACCGCUCUGCGUUUUUUAGCUAGCGAUCACAAUUUCAACCCCUAAUCGGUUACUGAUCUGUCUUAUCGUAGCUUUUAAUUUAUUAUUUCCACAGGGCGUUCCAGCUAGGAAAUCCUUAAGUUCUAUUUACAUAUAGUUAUCAUAAUUAUAUGAUAAGAUAUAUAAGAUGAUAUGGUCCUUGGUUCUAUCUAUAUUUUGUUGUUGUAUGACGAGAUCAGCGAGACUUGAGCCACUAGUAAACAAAUGUGUCCAUUCUAAUGGCCCAGGGACGGUCCGAUAAGUCGUACGAGUGUUGAAUGUCAGAUCGUAUAAAGAGUACAAUCAAGUACAAUAACGUUUGAAAAGAUUCGUAAAGAUCAGUUUUUCGUACAUUAUAGUGAGCUUAUACAAGAGAUAGAGCGUAGUAGGUAAUCAUAGGACUACUUUGGCAUAAGUCUUGACAUACAUGCCUGUACCUUUCCCACUUUGUAACGUACUACUGCAAUAUCAUUUUUUAACUCUCAUUGUACGCCAGUAUGAGAGGCAUCGUAAUUGUAAAAAAAUCAAUUCGUGAUAUUACUUCUUUGCUUCUCGAAAAAAAUAAGACCAUAUCACACUUUCCCAUCUGUUUGUGGGAUCUAAUUUUGAUGAAAUUAUCACCGUCGGUCAAUAUAAUUUUUGAAGACCUAUCUAAUAAAGAUAGACCAAACUCGUAAUUUUGUGAGCAUGAAUAAUUAUUUUUGUGUAAUUCAAGUAAUCAGAGACAAUAUGCUUAUCUCUAUUUAAUCAAAAUUCAUUCAUGUGGAUUUUUUAUUAAAAAAUAAUGGAAUCCUGUCCGUCAUAUUGAUCUAAGCAGUUUUUGUAUUACCGUCUUUGGGCUGUUUUUUGGAUUAUCAGUUGUUGACAAAGUGCUAAGACGAAAUACUGAUAUCAACUAAGGUAGGACUUUUGUUUUGUUGAAUAUGCAUAGAUGUAUAGGACCUUGUCAAAUAUGAAGUCGAACCAGAGGAGAUGGUAUAAGAAACUUACGGGUGCGUCUUACCCGAAAAAAAAGAAUUAAGAUUUCCAAUGAUUUAACGAUGGAAGAUGAAAAAAAUAUUGUUGAAUAGUGUUUUUCCAAAGUUCAAUUACUUUGAUCAUUGUCAUCGCACUUGGCUGAUCGGUGAAGUUAUGUUGAAAGAUUCAACAUCUUGAUCCACAAUUAUAGUGAGGAAAAUGAAUGCUGAAUAUCUUUAGAAAGUUCGAUUUUAUUUGAAAAUAGAGCGAAGCAUAUCAUGAAAUGACUAAGUUGAUUUAUCAGAAAUAAAAACAUCUGAAAUUCGGUGUAAAAAAAACUGUUGAGAGCAGGGAUGAAGUUGCAGAAAUAUAUUAGUUUGUUUACCAUCAAUAUUGAAACAUUUUAUAUCUACAUCAAAGAUAUGAAAUAUGUGAUUUCACAUAAUUGAUUGUAUAGCGUAUAUAUGUGUAAACUUUUUCAUCUAGUCUGUCCAAGUGAGUUGAAAAUGAUGAAAGAAUCUAGCGAGUCCGUUUUUUAUAUGGUACUCUGCAGUGUGGUAUUACAUCGAAAUAUUUUUGAAAUACAAAUUUGGAAAUAUUUCUGUGAUGCCGCAAUGCAUUAUUUCUUAUACAAUUUCAUCUGGAUCGACUCGGCUAAUGUAUAUACAAAAAAUAACUUUUGGUGUUUUUUCUUUAUGGAUUUUCGAAAAGAUGAUAUAGUGGCACACCGAAUAUUUUCUUAUUUCUUUUCUUGUUGUUGUUUUGUUGUUUAAAUUUUGUUUUGAGAUUUUUAACUGAUAGAAAAAAAACGUCGGUUAUCGGUGUGUAAAAUUUUUAUGUUUUCGGCUUAGUUUAUAUAUUGUUCAAUGUUACCCAAAAAGAUCUGCCGCUUAUAUAAUAACAUUUAUGUAAACAAACAAGAAAACACACUGUAAAAAAGUUCAGAUUGCAUGGCAGAUCUUUAGAAACCUUAUAUACGUUUUUACAGUCGUGUUUUGUGUAUUACCAAAAUCAGAUUUGGUGUUAUGGGCAUUAUCAAGCUCCAUAAAGCAAACGAACAUCAUUUUGCGUGUUUAUAAAAAGAGAGUUUUCAUAACGAAGUGGCUGAAAUAAUAAAAAAGAUGAAAAAAAUCGCCACCUCUCAUUUAGCUGUAUACCAUUAUACUUCCUUAACUUUAAUGGCAACAGUACUGACGGUACUGGCUUAUCAUUUAGUUUUGUAGUGUUAGAGAAUGGUGAAACGUUUAGAAAACUGAUAGGGCACGUUUUUAGUAAAAACAUAUUUCAUUAGUUCAAUUUUACGUCUUGUUUUUAGCCAUAAUCAGUUUCCUAAAUAGGACAUGUGUUUUAGUGGGAGGAGUGAUUUCUUUUUUGAAAAACUAUCUUUUUGAAUCGACUUUCUGGUUACCUCUAAAUAUAUUUUCAAUUCAUAUUACACAUGCUUUGGAAAUGAGGUGCAAAAAAGUUACCAAUAAAUCUGUUGUCACAUGAUGUGGCUGUGAUUCUAGCAUUAUCGACAUCUAUAAUGUUAUCAAUGAUUAUUAAUAUAUAUAUAUAUAUAUGUCGGAUAUUUUCCGAGUGUAAUCUAACUACUUUUUCUAUUUGGUUUUUGAUUCUAGUCCAUAAACAUAUUUGUAAAUGCAAAAUUUUCUUCAGGGAAAUAUAAUUUUUUUUAUAAUGUUGAAAAAAGCACUCAUUUCCUCAGCAGUUUGGAUGCAAUAAAAUAAUCUCAUGGAUUGAACUAGUUUUUCAUCACGAUAUCUGUGAUCUCACAUCCAAUAAUAAAAAUUUUUGAAAAAAGAAAUUACGUUUGUUUAUAUGAGAGUACUGACAACAUUUUUCAUCUUUCUCUCCAAGAAAGUUGAAGAAUUGCAGUUUGUAUAGUAGGCUAAGAUGAUUCUCUAGCAACUAAGAAUGUAAUAAAAUUGUCUAAUCACAAACAAAAAGAAAAAAAUAUAAAAAAUGCUCUUAGUUUUAGAACUGUGUUUUUUACCAUUAAAUUGCCUGUUAAUGGCUAACAUCAUGAAAUUAUCUUGAAAAACAUCGCUACUGGCUUUGCCAAUAGAAAAAAAUCAUAAAAAAAACAAUAAAAUCACCAUCAAAAAAUACAAAAUUCCGAAAAAGCACUAUGUAAUAUACCCUGACGUUGAAUUCAUUCUUAUAUUAACAGAUUGGUGCUAUGUAUAUGUUUGUUCAUCUCUUUUCAGGCAUUUAGUGUUAAGAUUUUAUUUACUAGUUCAUUGCAAUUUUUAUUUUUACAAAAUCGGUGGUUGCAUGGAAUUGCACUGUUUCCCAACUUGCAGUAAAAGUGUCUUAUUAACAAAAAUAACGUAGUGAAACAUUUGAAAUAUAGUCGUAACAGUAUAUUUCCAGGCUAACCCAUAUGUGAAACAUGCUUGCCACCAAAAUUGUAUCUAUCAUGAGUUAAACAUUUAAAAGAGUUUUCAUACAAAAUCGUCACCUUUAGUAAACAAGAACAGUUAAUAUGUAAAAUAGCCAUUGCUUUGAUAGUAUUUGCAUAUAGCUUUCAAAUAAGGUCCUGAGUCUAUUAUAUCCAACAUUUUUUAGCAAUACUAAAUUUAUCCAGUUUCAACAUUUCCUCUGACCAAUAAAUACAUUUUUUCAUAGUAAUUUUGAAAUUCACAAUAUCUAUUUUUUCCUUUAAAAUAUCGGCUUCAGUUUUACGUCGGAACACACUUAUAAAAGAAUAAGUAUAGGCCAAAGUCGUUUUCACUUUAAGAUUUACAUGUGUACUCGAGAAACAAGCGUGUUAGAAAGAGUGCGCCAUAUAAGCGUUGUCUGGCAACGACAGUGUGGGAGGAUGCGGAUCACGGAGGAGUAAAAGCCAUGAUCCGCAUCCUCCCACACUGUCGUUGCCAGGCAACGUGGUGACGACGCUUAUAUGACGCUCUUAUUCUAACACGCUUCUUUCUCGAGUAUACAUGGAAAUCAUUUUGACCAGAGCUGUACAUUGGUAAAAGAUAUGGAAUCAAGAAUAUGUGGUAUAUAAUGAACUCACGGCUAUGAAUGUUCCUGAUAAUAUUACAACGUAAUGUUUCAUAAACUCUAUACACAUGUUGAUGAUUUGCAAGGAAGUAAAGAUCUACGUUAUCUGACAUGGCUUAGGCUUCAGUUCCUUGGAUGCACUCAACUUUCUAGUUUUUCACAUUGGGAUUUCUUUCAAAGUAAAUCAGUGAACUUGGUAUAUUUAAUUUUUUAGAUAAAUAAAAUACUAACGUAAAGUUAGCAGCUUGUAUAGCUUCUUUAUCAAAAUACUGAGAGACCAAGAGUCAAAUAUUUGUGUUGCUAUGUGCUUUGAUAAAGAAGUUAUGUGAUGUAGAAUAAUAUUUUAUUUAGUGCCUCUCACAUGAUAUAUACAUAUAUUUUACCUUGCCUUCAAAGAAAAAGUAUGUACCAUUGUAUGUUUGUAUUAGAGCUCAAAUUGACUCAUUUAUUGAGAUCUAAUAACCCUGGAAGCUUCAUUGAUAGAUGUAAAAAUAAAAAUUAUAUUUUCGAUUUUAGCUGAAUGUACAAAUUAUCAGGUUUAAUAUACAGAAACAAAAAUCUACCAUUUUUUUCAUAGUACUUGCUUCACAAAUCUGUAUUUGUUGACAAUUAGAUACUAGAUAUGUGUCUGUAAUGUGGAUUUCUAACAUUAUCAUUUGUAAAGUGCGCAUUUUCUGUAACAAACACCAUAAUAAACAAGCAAGUACCAUUUAUCUUUUGUGUUGAAUUUUUUUUUUCAACUACCUAAUUGACCUGUAAGUUAACACUUACAAUAGAUCCACCGCAAAUGGUGGCACCAUCUAUCGAAUGACCUUCAAACAUGAAUUGCUGACAUCUGUUGGACGCGAAAGUUACUAAAAUGCC